AUGGCGAAGCGGCUGAGGGAAAGGAAACAAAUUCUUUGGAUAAAACAAAAGCCUUGCAGUUACUCAUUUCUUCUCUUCUAUUUGUUCUUGUCCAGUGAGCUCUUGGCCUCCUCAUUAGUGAAUAGUGUGACCCAGGCUCUGGGAAGGCUGCUAGAUUUAUGGAACGAAAUGGGUAUUGGCAAAGAAUUGCAGCUGGAGCGCAUGCAGAUGGCAAAGGCCCACAUUGAGGCUCUGUUGAAUGAAAUGAUUGAGGAAGAGAAUAAUUUGAAAGAAAAAAUUGAAAAUGACAUAGAAACACAGAAGAAUCAGCUGGAUACACUUAGAUAUGAACUCAAGCUGGACCCAUACCAGGUUGAUGAUGGUUUAACCAUCCUUCAGUUAGAAAAAGCAUUUCGCCUGGCUUUAGAAGGAGCUCUCAAAGAAAAGCAGGAGAGGCUGACGAAGUUGAAACAACUGCAGCAAGAUGACCAGGCACUCUGUACGGAGCUUUGCGCUACCCCCUACUAUAUACCUACUGGCAGUAUUCCAAGCAGCGUGGAGCUAGAAGAACUAAAAGAACACAUUCAGAUGCUUUUGAAAGUUAAGGAGCAAAGAUUGGAGGAGUUUUUUAAACUGACAAGAGGAAUCAGACAGUUUAAUAAAGAAAUUGGACACAUACCAGAUGGGACAUUGGAAAAUGAUAUAUUAUGUGAUGAAGAUUACAAUUGCCUUACGAAGAAGCACCUUGAAGAUCUCCAAUUGCUUAACCAUCAGUUGCAGGUCAAGAAAGAGUCUUUGAUUGCCGCUCAGGAUGUUCUGGUAAAAGAGGUGCAGCUUCUGUGGAACAGACUUCAAUGGCCACGAGAGAAGCAGGAGCAAUUCACAAAAAUGACAAACAAAUGUUCAAUUUCUGAAGCCACGAAGAUGUGGGAAGAGGAGCUGCAGAACUUGGAAGAGUUGAAGAAAGAAAAACUUAAAGAAAUUACUUUGAAAGUCCGGCAAGAGCUUGAUAGUUACUGGCAAAAAUGUUUUUAUGGUGAAGAACAGAGAGCUGCAUUUCAGGCUUUUUAUAAUGACAAUUUCUCAGAAGAGUUGUUGAAUCAACACGAUGAAGAACUUCUGAAAAUGAAAGAUGUUUAUGAGAAAAACAAGCAUCUCUACGAUAGGGUUCAGAAAUGGGUAACCAUUUGGGCUCGGUUCCUUGAACUGGAGAAAAAAACUACAGAUCCAAGCAGACUUCUAAACAGAGGGGGUAACUUACUCAGAGAGGAAAAGGAAAGUUCAAAGAUUCAAAAGCAGUUGUUAAAGUUGGGGGAAGAACUGAAGAAAAGUACUGAAAACUGGGAGAAGGAAAACAACUCAUAUUUCUCUAUGAAUGGUCAGCGGUUUCUCAGCACUAUGACCGAUCAACUGCAACAUCACAAACUUAAAAAAGAUCACCCCAAAAUUUCGGUGAGGAGGGAUGAAUCUGCAACUCCAAAAACAGCUGUUAAAAGGCCUGCAAGUGCGAACACUCCAACUUCUAACAAGAUACGCAAGGUAGCCUCUAACUUAACUGUACUUAAAGCAACCAACUGCAGUAAUAUAGCAAACAACAUAGCUGUUGCUGGCAAACACUCUGCUCAAUCAAAGAAAGAACUGUCAUUGAAAUCAAGCCUCCACAACAAGAUUCUCAAUUCUACGCUCAAGGAGAACUUAGAUGAAUGAACCUAUUUUGACUUCAGCUGAUACAAGCCCCAUCAAAUAAAUGACUAUAUAUUAAUACGGUAUUGAAAGAAUAAACACACUGUGUAAAGCACCUGUGUUUUGAUCAGGAUACUAAUAAAUAACUUUUUGUAAAAAUCGGUGUUUCCUUGUUACAUGCAUGUAUAGUGGAGAAAAUACAAAUUGUGUAGCGUGCUACCUUUUGGAGGAUGGAUCUGUGAGGCAGACUCAUAACAAAGAUGAUUAGAAGUUUGGCGUUCUCUAGAUAUAUGGAGAGUGAAGAUAUAGAGGAGCUGGUAAUUAUGUGUAAACUGGUGGUGAUAAAGAGAAGAGGAGUUAGUUGUACAGUAUCAAGAUGGAUAAUUCUUUCCUUUUAUGAUUUAUCAGGGCAGAAGAUGUAAAAUGCAGGUCAUGUGCAUUAUAUUAGGUCAUGUGUUGCUAUGUUUUCUAGUUGUG